AUGACACCACUUUUCUUGGUGUCGUUACUCCUGGCUUCAUUGCCUUGUAUCAAAGCCGAAUCAACUUUCUCUCCAGCUCGCCCUCCAGCUCAACCGCUCGCCGUGGUAUCUCCAUACUUGAGUGCAUGGCAGACUGCCGGAAGCGAUGGUGGUAAUGGUGGUUACCUUGCUGGUCAAUGGCCAUCAUUUUGGCCUGGACAGACUCUAGGAUGGACUGGCCUGAUCAGAGUUGAUGGCACCGCAUACGGCUGGAUGGGAGAUCCAGCAGAUGUCUCUUUUGUGAACCAGACUUCUUACACUUAUACAAGUACAUCUAGCAUCUAUGUACAGUCUGUGGAGGAUAAAGUACAGGUCAAAAUUACUUUUCUGUCUCCUAUAACUCCCGACGAUUUUCUACGGCAGUCACUCAUCUUUUCCUAUGUCGAUGUCGAGGUUGUGUCUUUGGAUGGGAGCGAGCACGAUGUUCAAUUGUACACGGAUAUUUCUGCUGAAUGGGUUUCGGGCGACCGUACCAACAUUGCGGAAUGGGACUAUGGCACCAAGGGCGAUUUGUCAUAUCACAAAGUCUAUCGUCAGACGCAAUUGGCCUUCUCGGAAAUCAACGAUCAGACUGAGUAUGGAAACUGGUGGUAUGCUACCACUUCGGAUCGUGGCUAUACCUACGAAUCCGGCAUCGAUGUUGACGUUCGAGGCCAGUUCAUAAACAAUGGCACUUUGACCGACACCGUGGACACCAACUACCGUGCUAUCCAAGAUAGUUGGCCCGUUUUUGCGCACGCAUUCGACUUGGGACGUGUAGGCACUAGAUCGACCAGCCGUUUAUUCUCCAUUGGCCUUACUCAAGAAGAAGCCAUUCAAUUCGAUGGCGCAGACGGUGUUGUUCCCUUGCCUUCAUUAUGGCUCCAGUACUUUUCAGACGAAAUCUCCGCCUUACAUUUCUUUCAUAAUGACUACCGAACCGCCAGCUCAUUAUCAGCUGCCUUAGAUGCUAAGGUACAGUCUGAUGCCUCGGCUAUCAGUGACAAUUAUGCAACUCUUGCAACUUUGGCUCUCCGGCAGUCCUUUGGUGCGACACAGCUUGUCGGUACUAACGAAACACAAUACCUUUUCCUCAAGGAAAUAUCUUCUGACGGCAACGUUAACACCGUCGACGUGAUCUUCCCAGCUCAUCCUGCCUACCUCUACACCAACCCUACAUUGUUGAAACUGGUCAUGGCUCCUCUCUUCGAGAAUCAAGAAGCUGGACAAUAUCCCAACCGGUGGUCGAUGCACGAUAUUGGCAGCCACUAUCCCAACGCCACCGGUCACACUGACGGUAACGAUGAGCAGAUGCCUCUCGAGGAGUGCGGUAACAUGCUUAUUAUGUCACUUGCUUAUUAUCUGGCUUCUAAGGACUUGGAUUUCCUUAAUACAAACUACAAGCUGCUCGAUCAGUGGACUCAAUUCCUGGUUGAUGAAGCUCUAUAUCCGGCCAACCAAAUUUCCACUGAUGACUUUGCUGGCUCACUAGCGAAUCAAACAAACUUGGCCCUCAAGGGAAUGAUCGGCAUCAAGGCCAUGUCCGUCAUUGCUAAUGCCACCGGUAAUCUCACCAGUGCAUCAAAUUAUAGCUCUAUCGCCAGCAAUUACAUUACCCAAUGGCAAACUCUCGGAAUCAACAGCGCUGCUGAUCCACCUCAUAGCACCCUAUCCUACGGCUCUAACGAUACUUGGGGUCUUUUGUACAACUUGUUUGGCGAUAAGGAACUUGGCUUGAACCUUGUCCCUGAAUCGGUCUAUGAAAUGCAGAGCAACUUCUACCCAACGGUAAAUGGCGAGUAUGGAGUGCCUCUUGAUACUCGUCACACUUAUACCAAGGGCGACUGGGAAUCGUGGGCAGCAUCUCUGGCCAGCGAAUCAACACGCGACAUGUUCUACUCCGACCUCGCGAACUGGAUCAAUGUAACACCUACCAAUCGUGCUCUCACCGAUCUCUACGACACUGUUACCGGUGACUACCCUGGCAUCUACUUCAUUAACCGACCUGUGGUAGGCGGUGUGUUCGCUCAGCUUGUUCUGGAGAUGGGCCUUCAUCCAUAG